AUGACGAUUAUACUUCGGGAUGUAGCGGUUAUUUCUGGUAUUCGUGUAGAUGGUGAGCCCGUGACUAGUACUAUAUUGCACCCGUGGUCGGAUAUUUGUCAGGCACUUUUAGGAGCUGUGCCGGAUGACAUCAGAGCUGGUCAGAUUAGACUAGAUUGGUUAUACCAGUACUUUCGCCAUAUACAUUUGGAUGCCCUUGCUGGAGUAGUUGCAGCUACAGCACACGUCUACAUGUUAUAUCAAAUUGGGUGUAGCUUGUUUCUCAACCCCACCGGAUAUAGAGUUUAUUUGAAGUGGCUGCCACUUUUGGAGAAUUUUGAUGAGUGA